AUGAAGGCCGCCACGACAAAGAAGGCUCUCCCCAAGGCCAAAUGGAUGUGGCACGGAGAUGACGGCUGGCAUGCAUAUGACGAAAAGCUCAGCGAUAAAAUCGAGAAGGCCUUUCAAGACGAAAAAGACGAGUAUAAGGUCGACGAUGAACGCUUCGUGGACCUCAAAAAGUUCCUCCAGAGGCGCUACGACGAUCGGAAGAAACGGCGUGGAGUCAAG